UCAAACUAAUGCAACAUAAAACGAUGCUAAUUUUACGUCGGCAACCCCGUGUGCUCGUGCACUUUAAAGUAAACCAAAUUUGUAAAUCUAAUGGCGUAAAAGAAUCCCGAUGACCGUCCUUUCUGUUCAUUACGGUAAACGAUCGACACAGUAAACUUUCCCUCAGUUUCAUUUUAUCAGCAAUGAUACAUACAUACGUGAUCAGAACAACGGAGAAAAUCACUCUGGAUCCACGGGUGAGUUUGCUCUCUCAUGGCCCUCUCAGCUCUUACAGCAGAAGGCUUGAGAUCUCAGCGGAUGGACGGCGAGACCGAAGAACAGCUGCUGGAGGAUGAGUUUGCCUGUCCAGGUGUGUUGAGGGGGGCGCUGGGGUCCCUGCGGCCCACCGUUCAGCAGGUUUUUGGGGUGACGCUGAGCAUCGAAGGAGAAGACGCGUUCUUACAGGAUGGACAGAUGUGGCUGCGUCUGCGCGGAGCCGGCAGAGACGUGCAGGCAGCAAAGGUUUUUGUGAAAGGUGUUGUGAAUCAGGAGGUGCAGAAGGAGUUUCCGUUUCCUGAAGCUCUUUACUGCGUGUUCUGUGGCGCUGAAGGGCUGUUCAUGGAUUGCCUGAUUAAAAACACCUCGGCACAUUUAGUGGUUGGAUCUCAAAGCUGUCUACUCAUCACAGGACUGGAGGAACCGGUUGUAAAAGCAUAUUCGUUUAUGACAGAUCUGAUAGAGAAGUAUGAGAGCAGUCAGGGCCGGUGUUCCGAUCAUGGAUCUGUGAACACGGAGGAGGCUAUGGAUUCACUUCAGCGCUUCAAGUCUCUGGUGGAAGGCCGGGAAGAUCGGCACACCGUCAGCCUACUGGUGUUACCUGUGACUGUAAAAAAGGUUUUGCUGGACUUGGUGAAACAGUCUGGACGGGAUGAAAAGCCAGGCCAGGAAGAUCCGUCUCGAGUAGCGCAGAGGACUGAGACCGAAGUGAUGUCGCAUAAACGUCCGGUCGACCCGAACCGAACGAUCGUGACACCUGGGAUAACACAUCACGGAGCAAAUGGGACAGUAUGGACAAGUGAUGUCUCCAACGGUUUCAUUCCUGUCUCACUGCGUACAACUGGCUCGGAGAGUCUGGAGGAAACCAAACGAGAUGAUGAAUCUGGACACAGAGAUGAAUUCCAGCACCUUCUUAGGUUCUUCACAGUCAUGGGUUUUACAGAAGAGGUGGUUAAGAGGGUCCUGGCUUGGACCGGCCUAAAAGAAGCCUCGCAGCUUCUGGAUUUGAUUCAACAAGAACAAGACAAAAGCGGCCUGCGCAGAGGAAACACCAAGACUCUGAGGAAAGACACUGAUAAGAGCGCUUCAGAAGAACAGAACGCCAAACCAGAUGAUUUUGUCAUGUUUUUUACAGAAGAUGUGGAUCAGAGGGUCGUGGCUCGCACAGGCCCAAAUGAAGACUCGCAGCUUCUGGAUUUGAUUCAACAAGAACAAGACCAAAGUGGCCAGCGCAAAGGAAACACAGAGGCUCAGAAUGAAGAAAAUGACCUUCUUAUAUUCUUCACCCACAUGGGUUUUACAGAAGAGGUGGUCCAGAGGGUCCUGGCUCGCACAGGCUUCAAAGAUCCCUCGCAGCUUCUGGAUUUGGUUCAACAAGAACAAGACAAAAGCGGCCUGCGCAGAGGAAACACUAAGACUCAGAGGAAAGACACUGAUAAGAGCGCUUCAGAAGAACAGAACGCCAAACCAGAUGAUUUUGUCAUGGGCGUGCUAAAGAAAGCAGCAGCCAACUGUGGAUACACAGAAGAGGAAGUUGAGCAGGUGUACAGCAGUAUGACUGGGCCGAACCCACAUCAGCUUCUUAUGGAGCUUCAAAAACCAGACAAAAGACCAGGCUGUGACACGACAGCGGAUCCAAGGACCGGUGUGGAGGAGAACGCCAUGACGAGGCGCGACUAUAUGCUGCAACCUCUCGUUUCAGUCAGAGGUCCACCGCAAACAACAUACACCUCGAGACCUGGCCUUGAGAACUUAAACGUACGUGAUGUCAGCCCCUACCAACAGCCCAUGAAUUCGCCCCUCCGACCUGUUGGGUCGCACACAAAUCACAGCUUCCCUAAAGUACAGAAGAUCUCCGGUGUCCAGCGACACGACAUGCAGAGCAAACCGAGAGCGAGCCAAGCCCCUGCUUCAACCGGGGUGACGGGACGUCAGAGAUUCAUCGAGGGUCUCAAGACGCCCUUCAGACUACAGCUGUCGGACAACCCAGGUGAUGAUAAGCUGCGUCAGAUCAUCGUUGAUGGAAGCAACGUUGCUAUGAGUCAUGGUUUGGGGGUGUUCUUCUCGUGUCGAGGCAUCGCUCUGGCUGCACAGCACUUCUGGGGAAGAGGCCAUCGCAAGAUCACAGUGUUCGUCCCUCAGUGGAGACAAAAGAAAGACCCAAAGAUUAAAGAGCAGCAUUACCUGACCGACCUGCAGGAUCUGGGUUUACUGUCGUUCACUCCGUCCAGAGAGGUGGAGGGAAAAAGGAUCAACUCGUACGAUGACAGGUUUAUGCUCAACUUGGCUCAGCAGACGAAUGGCGUGAUUGUGACCAAUGACAACAUGAGAGAUCUUGUGGACGAAUCGCCGGCGUGGAAAGACAUCAUCAAGAGAAGUUUACUACAGUACGUGUUCGCCGGAGAUCUGUUCAUGUUACCAGAUGAUCCAAUGGGCCGCGGCGGACCUCAUCUCAAUGACUUCCUACAUACACACAACAGCAGUUUACCUCCUCCUGGAAGUCACUCAUUUGCUGGCGUGUCGUCGUCUCAAUCCUCUCCCGCCCCGCGUGCUCACACUGAAGUCCUGCGGUAUCGAGACUAUACGCCAGGAGUUCACGGCAGAGUUCAGGGGACAGUCGCAGGUGAGCAGCGGGGUCAAAGCGAGCAUGUGAGGGCGGACGAGGACACGUUGAAGAUCAGACAGAGUUUGAUGCAGAUCUUUCCCGAGCAGAAGAGCGUCGUCAACAUGACAUUACAGCGCCACCCAUCCAUCAAAGACAUCAACCGACUCACUAACUUCAUAUUGGAACAGCUGCAAUAAACAGACAGUCACACAAACACAUGACCAGAAAAAACAUCCGUCUGUCAUACGUCGAACUCUAAACAACUACGGCAGUGGAUAAAUGUGAUCUCUCCACCCUAUAUUUCCUACAUCAUGUUAUUGAAGCUGUAUGAACGUGUGUUUGAGGUGUAAACUGUGGUUAACCAGGUUGAACAUUAUCCCAAAUAUUACUUUCGCGAGUUGAGUGUUUUCUCGUUUCGUACCAUACGCCUCGUGAUAGGGCUGUCACAAUUAUUAAACAAUCCCCUCAUUGUGACUAUUUGACAGAAUCGCAGUUAUAUCAGAUAACCACUACAGGGAACCUAUGCGUUUCUCCCGGAAAAGCAUGCCCACGGCAAGGCGAAAGAAAGAGCCCGCCCACAAGCCAAGCAACAUUCUUAAUAAGAUUUACCCCGUUACUAUUGCGAUAGUGACAGAAGUUGAGCUGUGUUUGUUUGCUCACUGCAUUUCAGGUACAAAGAUCGAGCAGUCCAAGCGCUAUAAGAUGGCAAACAUGAACCGCAUGUGGUCAGUCAAACUAAAUCAUACGUCCGUGUUUUGUUGGAAAUCGGCACAUAUGUGCAUAAUGUAAACAAUACAGCUGUAUCUCUCUUUUAUCAAUUUAAUUAAACGAAAUACUCUAUAACGAAAACGCCAUAUGCGAUACUACUGUAUAGGCACACUGAGAUUGGCAGAAAUUGAGUGUUAGUCCAGUUUUAAAGCGAUUCCAGAUUUUCUGCAUUUAUAACAGCGAGAUGACAUCAUCCUUAUAUCUCCAUUUAUUUUAUUUAUUGUUAAGUCCCUCUAUAUGGAACGUUAGUAGUUAUUUAAAGAAUUUUCUGAUUUUUAAUGCAUCUAUAUUUUAUUUAUUGACUAGAUUAAUUGUAAUUUAUCGUUAUAAUUGUCAAAGCCUUUAAACAGACUAUUAAUCGCCAUGAUAUCAAUUAUUUGAUGGACAAUUAAUCGCCAGCCAAAUUUCAUAAUUGUGACAGCCCUACCUCAUGAUGGUUCAUGUCCCACUAUGCUCACCUUGCAUCUCUGUUUAUUAUGGUUUAUUACGAUGGUUUCACUAGAUAAGACCUUUAUUCAUGGUCUGUUAUGGUUUAAAGCCUUUCAAGUCCACUAUUUGGAGAAAAAUCCUGUCUUGUUUUCAUUAGAAACCUUCAUUUCUUUUCCACUAAAGAAACAAAUACAUAAACAUCUUGGAUGACAUGGGGGUGAGUGAAUUAUCAUGAAAAAUUAUUUUGAAAGUGAACUACUCCUUGAAUAUAAUCUGAAGAAUACUGCAGAAAAUGGCCCUUCUGGUCAUCUCUUUUGGUCUCUGCUGUAUAUUAGAUGAAAUGUGACAUAUAUUUAAAGAUAAUGUAAUAAAUCAUGACGAACCUCUCAAAUACCAAGGACCAGCAUUUCCUUUGAAUCAUCAAAGUUAUUUCUCCGUUAUCAUCCUUAACUUCAAUUUCUCUAAUAAAUCAAAUGAAUUUCUUUGUAUUACUCUCAUGCGGGUGAUUUUAGAUUAAAACAUUCUGGGAGACUACAGCUAACAAGAUUAAGUGAUAUUUUUCAUAAUGUUUUUUUUGUAUUUUUCAAAUUUUUGUGUCAGUGAAUCCCCUCCAUUGACAAAAUGUAAAGUUUAUGUAUAUUCAACAAGCUUCAACACAAUAAAAGCUUUAAGGUCUCUUUAA